AUGGUACUUGAGGAUAGCAAAACAACUCAACUACGACAGCAACCAAAUAUCAUAUUCAUACUUACGGACGAUCAAGAUCUUCAUUUGAACUCUCUUGAGUAUAUGCCUUUCGUGGAUCAACACUUAACGAAACAUGGCACGUCCUUCAAACGACAUUUUUGCACCACCGCUCUUUGUUGCCCUUCACGGGUCACUAUUUUCUCUGGGAAAUUGUCGCAUAACACGAAUGUUACUAAUGUAGUACCUCCGUACGGAGGUUAUCCAAAAUUCGUCAGUCAAGGACUUAAUGAUAAAUAUCUUCCUGUCUGGCUACAAAAUCAUGGCUACAAUACGUACUAUACUGGCAAAUUAUUUAAUGCGCACUCUGUCCAAAACUACCACUCUCCAUAUGCGGCUGGCUGGACUUCUUCUGAUUUCCUGCUUGAUCCGUUCACAUACUCCUAUAUGAAUUCGACUUAUCAGCGAAACCAAGACCCACCAGUCAGUUAUGAAGGGCGGCACAGCGUUGAUGUGCUAGCAGAGAAGGCAUUGGGCCUUCUAGAUGAAGCGGUUGAAGCAGAAAAGCCAUUCUUCUUAGGAAUUGCGCCCAUCGGCCCACAUGCGAAUAUUUGGGCUCCUGGCUUUAAGGACGGCAAUCAUAGUGACCUAACAGAGGUUGACUUCUCACCACCGGUGCCAGCGGAAAGACAUGCCAAGCUUUUCGAAGGCGUCAAGGUUCCGAGAACCGCAAAUUUCAACCCCGAUAAGCCAUCAGGCGCUAGUUGGAUUCGAAAGCUACCCAUGCAGAGCCAGGAGACUGUUGAUUACAAUGACCAUUAUUAUAGACAACGACUCCGAACCCUCCAAAGCGUUGACGAAAUGGUUGAUUCCAUAUUUAGCCGCUUAGAAGAUUUGAAAUUACUCGACAACACAUAUAUCAUUUACACGACGGAUAAUGGGUAUCAUAUUGGUCAACAUCGGAUGCAGCCCGCCAAGCAAUGCAGCUUCGAGGAGGACAUCAAUAUCCCAUUGAUAAUCAGGGGCCCCGGAGUUCCCGAGAGUUCGGAAACUGAUAUUAUAACCACCCAUACCGAUCUCGCACCUACUAUCCUAGAAUUAGUAGGUGCCCCUUUGAGGGAUGACUUCGAUGGACUUUCAAUCCCACUUACGGAGGAAAGCUUGGCGCAGGCUGCCGAAACCCGCCAUGAACACGUAACAGUGGAACACUGGGGAUUCGCCUCUAAUGAGGGUCAAGUGCUCGAUUCAUAUCCGAGGCUUCAUAUGAACAAUACUUACAAGGCUCUCCGUGUCAUUAGUACGGAGUAUGACCUCCAUUAUCAGGUUUGGUGUAAUAACGAGCGCGAGUUACACGACCUAAAAACGGACCCGGGGCAAAUGGUCAAUCUCUUGCAUCCCGACGAAGUCGCUCCAGAAAUGAUAGCUGGCGCGCCAUUUGAAAAGGUCGUUAGCAGGUUGGACUCCUUGCUCUUCGUAUUGAAGAGUUGUAAGGCAGAAGAGUGCAUUUGUCCUUGGCAAGCUCUUCACCCGGCCGGCAAUGUUGAUAGCCUGAGAGAAGCGCUUUCUCCGCGCUUUGAUGCUUUCUACGAAGAUAAAUCGCGAAAGGUUGAUUUCGAUAGAUGCGAAAUGGGAUUCAUACUUGAUGCCGAGGGGCCGCAAUUCGAGAAGGACGGUCUUCUCCCUAUUUUCGACCCAAAUUGGCAUGAAUGGACCUAG